AUGCAGCUGUGGACUGCGAACGGCCCAGACUGGGUGUAUCACGACGAGACUAAGAAGAUCACUGGCAGUCUCUCCCACGCAAGCGAGCCCAACGAGCGUCUCGCCCUUGCCAUUGCGAAGGAUGGCGAUAGAUAUAUCUUCGUGUAUACCGCAGAUUCCCGGCGUGAUAGAUUGACCAUGAGAGGGUGGAGAAACAUGAUUUUGAAGUGGUUCGAAAUCUGGCUGAGGAUGGAAGUAUAUGAUCUAAAGCAGCUUAUCAACCUGGACGGCGGAACGAGUAUCAAUGUAGUUUGGAAAGCGAAUGGCAAGCCGCCCAAAAGGAUAGCCCGAGGCUCUGUUCGGGACACUCUACCUGGCUCGAAGCCUACCCAUACAGACCCGAUAAAGGCUGCCAAUCUGCUCUUGUUUUCUACAUCGUCACUAGCUGGCGAAAUGGCUGGUAUUGAGAAAAGCGGAAGCGAGGACGAAAAAGUGGUACCAGGACCAGCAGGCAAGUAG